CUUCCUGUGGUGACACACGGUGCUUCCAAGAGCAGCACAGACUCAAGCCUGAGUCAUGCUGCUGAACGUACUUUCUGGAUGCCUGAAUGCUGUGGUCUGUGGGCUCCUGCUUCUCUGUGCGCAGGGCCAGGACUCGAGCAGCCCCAUCAGGACCACGUACACAGGGCAGGUGCGGGGCAGCUUCUUCCACAUGAAGGACAUCGAUGCAGGAGUCCACACCUUUCUGGGAAUUCCAUUUGCCAAACCACCUACAGGACCUCUGCGAUUUGCGCCCCCUCAGCCUCCUGAACCAUGGAGUGGUGUGAGGGAUGUGAACUCCCUCCCGGCCAUGUGCCUGCAAAAUGAUAUGCUUAAUGUAGAGGGUCUGAAGUUAAUGAAAAUGAUGAUGCCUUCUAUCCCUAUGUCAGAGGAUUGCCUGUAUCUCAACAUCUACACACCAGCCCAUGCCCAUGAGGGCUCUAACCUGCCUGUGAUGGUGUGGAUCCACGGCGGUGCACUGGUUGUGGGCAUGGCUUCCAUGACUGAUGGAUCCAGGCUGGCAGCCACUGAGGAUGUGGUGGUGGUCAUGAUCCAGUACCGCCUGGGUGUCCUGGGCUUCUUCAGCACUGGAGACCACCAUGCCAGCGGCAACUGGGGCUUCCUGGACCAAGUGGCCGCCCUGCGCUGGGUCCAGCAGAACAUUGCCCACUUCGGAGGCAACCCUGACCGUGUCACCAUCUUUGGCGAGUCAGCAGGAGGCACAAGUGUGUCUGCCCACGUUGUGUCCCCCAUGUCCCGAGGACUCUUCCACGGAGCCAUCAUGGAGAGCGGGGUGGCUGUGCUGCCUGGCCUCAUCUCCGGCUCCCAUGAGGGGGUCUACAGAAUUGUGGCCAACAUGUCCAGAUGUGAGCAAGUGGACUCAGAAGCCAUGGUGGGCUGCUUGCGAGGCAAGAGUGAAGAGGAGAUUCUGGCUAUUAAUAAGGUCUUCAAGCAAAUCCCUGGUGUGGUGGAUGGAGACUUCCUACCCAGGCACCCCCAGGAGCUAUUGGCUUCUGCUGAUUUUCAACCUGUUUCCAGCAUCAUUGGUGUCAACAGUGAUGAGUAUGCCUGGAUCCUUCCCAUGGUCAUGGGCUCUGAUCACAUGAUAAAGACAAUAAACAGAGGAAAUUUGCAGUCUACUCUGAAGGGCACAGCAUCACAUAUGAAUUUGCCUGCUGAGUGUAGUGAUCUGUUGAUGGAGGAGUACAUGGGAGACACCAAGGAUUCCCAGAUCCUCCAACAACAGUUCCAGGAGAUGAUGGGCGACUACACAUUUGUGAUUCCUGCUCUGCAAGUAGCACAUUUUCAGAGUCCCCACGCCCCUGUCUACUUCUAUGAGUUCCAGCAUCAGUCCAGCUUCCUCAAGGACUUCAGGCCACCUCACGUGAAAGCCGAUCAUGGCGAUGAGGUGGCCUUCGUCUUGGGAUCCUUCUUCUGGGGCAUGAAAUUUGACCUCACUGAGGAGGAGAAGCUGCUGAGCAGGAGGAUGAUGAAGUACUGGGCCAACUUUGCACGGCAUGGGAACCCGAAUGGCAAAGACCUGCCCCAUUGGCCUGUGUUUGACCAAGAUGAACAGUACCUGCAGCUGAACACCCAUCCUGCCGUGGGCCGAGCCCUGAAAGCCAGCAGGUAUCAGUUCUGGACUCAGACCCUGCCUCAGAAGAUCCAGGAGCUAAAGAUGGCUCAGGGCAAGCAUGCAGAGCUGUAAUGAUAUGUGUCAUAAAGAUGUGUGGGUUUGAGUGCAGGUGGGACAGUCUGAGAUUCCCAAAUGAUCGUCAAGAAGCCUGGGUUGAUUGAAACAUCUAUGCAGCCACUCCUAACUUCUAUAGUCAUCUAUUCGGCCAACAUAUAUGAAGAACCCUAAGCAUCAUGCUCCUUAGGAAACCUUCCUGGGCCAUCUGUUAUUAGGGCCACUCAAUAAAUGCUCCCAUUGAAUGGAAUUUCAAAGGGGAAAGUGGGGGGGGGGUGGUAUU